UUAUUAUUUUCCAUCUAAAUGCUUUUAUUAAAAUGUUUUUAUGGCGUACUACAUUUUCUAGGGCUUUGCUAUUAUUUGGGUCCUAAUCACAUAAUUUGAUUUUUAAAGUCUGGCAGCACUGCAUCUUUUUAUACAUCUAACUAAUCUGCAUCGCUCGUUACUCGCUCUUGUUCUGAGCUUAACUGAAUUAAAUCUUAUUACUAGUACGUAAAGAUACAGUUUAGGAAAUGGUAAGCUACUGAUAUACUCGCAUUUUUAGUACGAUAUAUAUAUAGUUUUUAACUCGCGAGCGAGCGAAUCAAGCGAGCGACACAAGUCUUUCUACUGCAGACAGAAUCAGACUAGUCUGCCGAACACUAGUCUGAAUCUGAUUGCAACGUAAAUACUGGUAAAUAAAAAUAUUUUUGUUAGCCUAAAAAUCAGAUGAAAUGUUUGAUUUCUGUUUUCUACGAUUAUGAUUCUGGUAGUGUACGGUUUUGACUUUGACAUUUAAAAAAUAUAUAAAUUGUAUUUUCGAUGCCCAAUUCUGUUACAAUCAUUCUUGCCGUACAAUCAAUGUAACUCAAUAAUCAAUAAGUACUUAAAUAUAAUAUAUUAAGAUAAGCGUUAGAGCCGCGUUCUAAAAUGGCAUCAUCUUAUUUUAAAUUGAAAAUUUUAAAAAGAAAUCUUAAAUUAAAUAACUCUGCAAUUGAUUUAGACGAGGAACAUGUAAAUGAACGAGACGCCGAUUCAAUUAAAUAUAAAAAAAGUAAAUGCAGAAUUUGUUUGCUUGAUGGUUCAAUAUCAAUAUUUAGAAAAAAAACAAUAGAUAUAAUAGAAUCUAUCAGAUUAUUUGGAGGUAUUGAGAUAUCUGAAAAAGACAGUUACCCAGAAUAUCUAUGUAAUAGUUGUUACAAUCUUCUUCAGAAUGCAAUGUUAUUUCGAAAGAAAGCUCAAGAAAGCAAUUUACUUCUUAGAAAACAAGAUAUGCCAAAAGUUGAAGUCAUAAUGUGCACUAAUGAUGCAGAGAGUCUAAGUGAAUAUAGUUGUAAAGGAAAUGAAUGUAAAAGAACAAAAAGUAUAAAAUAUAAAUGUGAAAUUUGUGACAUAAAUUUUUUAACUUGGAGUGAAUUAGUAAUGCACAAUAGUCGCAUACAACACAGAAAUGUUCGCAUCCAAUGUCCUGUAUGUAAAGGUUUAUUGACAACACAGUUGUAUAAAAAGCACUUAGCUCGUCAUCAAUCAGCAUCACACCUUGUUUGUGAUGUUUGUGGAAAGAUGUAUCGAAAGGAUAAUUUAGUGCGACAUCUACAGUUGCACAAUUUUGAUUUGCCUUUUCGAUGUAAAAUUUGUCCCUACAGGGGAAGAUUCCCAGAGUCUUUGAAAAUACACAUGCGUACACAUACAGGACAAAAGCCCUUUUCUUGUGAUAAAUGCCAGUUAAGUUUUUUAACAAGAAGCAAUUUAAAAAGGCAUCUAUUAACACAUAAUAAACAAAAACCGUUUAAAUGUACUGAAUGCAGUAGAGGUUUUUAUACAAAACAUGACAUGGCUGUACAUUUUACGUCAGAUCAUGUAGGAAUCAAAAAUUAUGGAUGCAAAACUUGUGGCAACAAAUAUGGUACUAGGAAAGCUCUUAUGAGGCAUGAGCUAAGAGUUCACAAAAGAGAAAAAAUGGCUAAAGGUCGAAUGCCAUUAUAUUUGCAACCUGAAUAUAAAAUAUAAUACAACAUGGGAAAAAAAAAUAUUUAGUUAUAAAAAUAACUGAGUUGAAAAUCUUAAAUAUUUGGCAUGUUAAAAAAUACUAACAUUAUUUAAAUCAUGUACUCAAAUUGUGUAAAAAAAAAA